GACACCAAAAACCAGAUCUGCCGCGAAACGACCGCAUUUUGCUGGUCCUCUCGUCUUCUCUCUUUAACAAGCACCAGAUGCCCUCACUGCGUCGCCGUUCUGCGGUCAGUUUAUUGCCGGAAAACUAAGAAAUAAGUAAACUCAUCUUCAUUUUCUUACCAGACCAGCCUAAGAAGUUGAUAGAGUUAACAGGGUUCUGAAUCCAGUGAAAAGCACGAAGAGAGAAUAUAUCUGUUCCAACUUGUUUAUUCAUUUAUUGGUUCUCCUUUAAAAUCACCUUAUCAAUCAGGUUUUAAAUUUGGCUGCGGAUCGGAUCUUCAGAGCUUUCUGGUGCCUGUAAAGGAAAAAAUUAACGAGACAAGAGUAUUCCGAAGCAAUGUUAUCAUCUAGGUUUUCUUUCUUGGGAAGCGGGGGUUCCAACAAGGUUGACGAAUCCUCCAAUGUUCUGGAGAGUAACCUCAAGCCAACUCUUAAAUUGCAGACGGACAAAGAUGUCUACAGACCUGGUGAUUCAAUAGUUAUUACUAUUGAAAUUUGCAACCCUGAUAAUGGAGCUGCUCCAGAAGGGAACCCAACUCUUUUGGUUGAAAGGCUUCGGUUUGAGGUAAAAGGAAUUGAGAAGUUGGAUAUUCAGUGGUUUGCCACUCAGAAACCAUUGCCUGGAUCAAAACAAAGGAGAGAUGUAGUGCGAGCUACGUUGCCUGACAUUUUACCACCAUCAUAUAAAGGUGCUACAAUACGCUACCUUUACUAUGUCAGGAGUACAUUACUUGGACGAUGGAUGAUGCUAGAAAAUGGUCGCUCAAACAAAGAGUCUAAGCAAUUUUUUUUUGAAUUGGAAACUCGGAUACCAUUGCAAAUAUGGGUAACUCAAAAAAGCAACGGAUUACUAAUGGAAGGUCAUAAUGAUGGGAUUGUUCCUGCUACUGCCUUCCAGAUGGAUUUGUACUGGAAAGAGAUGGAUGGAGACUCUGAAUGGGCUAGAGCAAAUGACAUAAAUGAUAGUGUAGACGAAGGGUACGACAGCUCACGCGAUGAGGUUUCUUCAGUAUCUUCCUACAAUUUAAGUAAAGAAAAUAUACACAAAACUUUUGGAAGUUCAUUAUCUUUGCAAUCAUCUGCAACGAGGUCUUCGUUUAAGGAUAGUCCAUAUCUUGAAGGAGCCCGUACAAGUUUAUCUUCGAAUUUGGCAGUUCCUCAUUUGUCUGUUGCUGAGGUUUUGUAUGAUUCUACUUUGGAUAUCCUGUCACCUCACAAAUCAUCAAACAUUGUCUCUUCCAGUCCAAAAAUGAAUUUUACAAAAGAGAAUUCUGCAGAUGAUUUUGCAGGUGUAUCUUCUACAUCUGGAGCACGAGGCAGUGAACCUGUAGCAUCAGAGGGCUUUAUUCGAGGAAGAUCUUACAAUAUUAGAAUGGAUGACCAGGUUCUUCUACGAUUUUCCCCAAAGAACUCUGACUCAACUUAUUACUUUAGUGAUAUGAUAGGUGGAACUCUCACCUUCUUUAAUGAAGGAAUCCAGCGAUGUUUGGAGGUCUCAAUAACUCUGGAAACUUCAGAGACCAUAAAUCGAUUGUCUCUUCAUCCUUCUCGAAGGAAUUCACCAACGAUUACAAAGGUUCAAAGUGAUCACCAUGAGGUUGUUGCAGAUUUGGUCCAGACAAGCUUCCUUUUUUCUGUUCCCAUGGAUGGUCCCAUGACAUUUUCCACAAACCACGUCUCAGUGCAAUGGUCUCUACGAUUUGAAUUUUUUACCACCCCAAAGUAUGUCGACUGGAGAAGAUAUGAGCAUCCCCUCCUGAUAGAGGCCAGAGAGAGAAGUGAAUGGGUUCUGCCUAUAACUGUACAUGCCCCUCCAACUGGGGCAUCUUCAGCUCACCCUCGAAAUGAGAAACCUUUCACUUUGGAGCCUCUGUGGGUCCGUAGUUGAAGGGAAAAUAUGUUGGAGCAAAAGUAAGGAGCUAGGUAAAGAGGUGGGCCAGAGACAAUGGCCAUGGCAAGAUCAAUUUCAUUCACAAGUUGUAAACAGUUUCUUUUAUUUGCUUCCGUAUAGUUGUACUAUAUCACCUAAAUUUUACUUUAACUUUAUGAACUAUUAGUUACUUUCCUAUUGGGAAUAAACUUAAUCAAUUUCUUAUGUGUGAAUUUCAUACUAAAAUGGAAUGAUUGAUAGGAAUGCCUCCUAUUUCUUGCA